AUGAGAGCAAACUAUCAUCAAAGUCAAAAGCCUGAGGCAGCUUUGCAACGAGCUCAUGAAUUUAUUUCUGGUCGUCGUCAGAAGCAAUGGUCACAAAUACAAGAACAAAUUAUGCUUAAGUAUGUCGAACUUUGCGUUAAUUUGCGUAACUCUACAGUAGCAAAAGAUGGACUUUAUCAAUAUAAGAUAUUGACUCAACAGGUUGCUGUAAAGUCGCUUGUGACUGUCUUAUCAGCUUUGCUUACUCUUGCUGAGAAAAAAACCUUAGAGGCACGAAAAUCUUCCAUUGAAAAGAUGGAAGAGAUUGAUGAUCUUGAUGUUGCGGAUACGCCAGAGAAUUUGUUAUUGUCGGUUGUGUCUGGUGCUGUCCCACAAGAUCGAAUGGACCGCACAGUUCUCAGUCCUUGGCUUCGUUUUCAAUGGGAUACUUUUCGCAAUUGUCUCGAUUUGUUGCGUAAUAAUAUUUAUGUUGAACAGAUUUAUCAUCAAAUUGCUCGUCAGUCUUUUGCUUUUUGUCUUCAAUACCAGCGACGAAAUGAAUUUCGUAAACUUUCGGAUAUGUUACGCCUUCAUCUUACACAAGUACAAAAAGCUCAACAGGCGCAAACAAUUCCAGCUCACGCGAUUAAAUUGACAAAUAUCGACUCGUUGACUCUUAUGUUGGAAACUCGUUUGUGCCAAUUAGACACUGCAAUAAAUAUGGAAUUAUGGCAAGAAGCCUAUAAAACUGCUGAAGAUCUUCAUAAUUUAAUGCAAAUUGGAAAGGAUAAGAAAAUCGCCAAGCCUUCUAGUUAUGCUAAUUAUUAUGACAAGGACAUGAAAAAACAAUUUACUGGUGAGGAGGCGACCGAUCAAGCUACGAAAGUCUUAUUGGCAACGCUUAGCAUACCCGAUGGAGCUGAAAGGCCUUCAAUUUUGACAAAACAUUUAGAUAUAGAAGAGCAGCAUGUUGCCAAUACAAGAAUUCUCUCUGCACUUUUACGUAUGCCUAUUAUUCCAACUCGUAAUGGAAUUUUGAAAGAGAUUGCUCGUUUAAACAUUCCUGAGAUUGCAGCUCCUGAAGCUUUUAAAUUAUAUAAAUGUAUUGAAUUUGAUUUUGAUCCUUUACAUAUUGCCGUCAAUGUUCAAGAAAUGCUUUUAGUCAUUGAACAAUUGGGUGAAAAGUUGGGACAUUCUGAAUAUGGUCAAUACUCUAAUUCUAUUAAGAAAACUGUGGCUGCAAAAAUCGUGAAACAGAUUUCGUCAAUUUAUGAGUCAAUAAAAUUUGCACGUCUUUCUGAAAUUAUCCCAUUUUAUAAUCGAAUGCAAUUGGAACAAUUUUUAGUUGAUAUCUGCAAACAAAAUUUAGUUUCUGCACAUAUUGACCAUCGUCAAAAUUGUAUUUAUUUUGGACAUGUAGAUUCACUUUUGGCAAGUGAACUUGAGAGUGAGCAUGGGCGUAUUUCUGAGAUUUCUAAAAUUACUACACACGUAUCUUCGGUUUAUUCAAUUUUGCAAGAUGCUUAUCUUGACAUUGAUCAAAGUUUUGUUAAGGAGCUUCAAGAAAAGUUGGCCCGCCAAAUUAAAAUUUAUUUAACUCAUAAAGAUGGCGAUUUUGAACGUAUACUUGCACGUCGUAAAAGAAUUGAGCUUUAUAAAGAAAAUACUGAGCAAAUGAAAAAAGAGAAGUUGUUUCAAUCUCAGAUGUUGGCUAAUAAACAAGAAGAAAAACGUCGAACUGAAGAAUAUAAUAAAUUAAUGGAAGAGAAUAAAGAAAACGAACAGCGUCGAAGAUUCGUUGAACAGGCUGAAAUUCAACGUAAAGUAGCUGCCGAUCGAAUGCAAAAACAAAAAUCGCAUCCAUUAUACGCAAUGUUGGUUAAAGAAUUGGGUGAAGAGGCUGUUGAAAAGAUGGAUUUGGAGCAAUUUGUUAUUGAGAAGCGUAUUCUUUUGGAUAAAGAACGAAAAGAACAACAAAAUAAGAUGCUGCAACAAGAGAAAAAGUUUGAUUAUUAUGUUAGAGCAAUUCAUUUGGAAGAAAUGUUAGUUUGGAAAGAAUUAUCUGAUGAACAACAAGCUUGUGCUUCGGAACUUUUUGACCAAUAUGAAGUAACAAGAAUUGAUAAAGAAAUAAAAGCACGUGAAAAGAUGUUAGAAUCUUUUCAACUUUUGACAAAUGUUAAAGAUGAUGCUAUUAAAUUUAUGCGUAGUACAAUUCAAUCACAUGCUGAGGACUUGAAGAUUAUUAAGGAGAAAUGGAAAAAGAAAGUGGAAUUGGUUCGUGAAAAGGCUAUUGAAAAAUUGGCAAAUGAGAGGAUGAAAAAAUGGCAAAGUGAAGUUAAACUUGUAGAGGAAGAACAGCGUCGUAAGGAAGAAGAACAACCGCCACCAAAACAAAUUUGUAUAGUUGAAGCGCCCCCACCUCAACAAGAACAAAGUAAGGAAAUUGUACCGCAGCAAAAGGGAAAAUAUUUGCCUCCUCAAAUGCGUAAAAAACCUUAG